AAGUGCGCAGCGCCGCGGCCGCCGCCAUUACAGGGUGCCGGAGCGAGAGGCGGGGAGGGCCGGGAGAGAGCGAGGCCGGGGCCUCUCGCGCGCGCUCUGCCUGGGUGGGCCGUUGCGCCGAGGCACCGUUGGCUGCCCCUCCCCCGCUCGUCCCUGCGCCCCUCCGCGGCCCCUCCCCUCGGUCUUAUCCUCCUGCCGCCCGGCACUCCCUCCCUCCCUUCAAAGCUGAGCGGACGGCGAGGGGCCGGCCGGCCGGCAUGGAGGACAAGAUCUUCACCAAGGAGCUGGACCAGUGGAUCGAGCAGCUCAACGAGUGCAAGCAGCUGAGCGAGAGCCAAGUGCGGAGCCUCUGCGAAAAGGCUAAAGAGAUCCUUACAAAAGAAUCAAAUGUACAGGAAGUACGUUGUCCUGUCACAGUUUGUGGAGAUGUCCACGGUCAGUUCCAUGACCUUAUGGAGCUCUUUAGAAUUGGUGGGAAGUCACCGGACACAAAUUAUCUCUUCAUGGGCGAUUAUGUUGACAGAGGAUACUACUCUGUAGAAACUGUGACUCUUCUUGUGGCGUUAAAGGUGCGCUACCCUGAACGAAUUACAAUUCUGAGAGGCAACCACGAAAGCAGACAAAUUACACAAGUAUAUGGCUUCUAUGAUGAAUGUCUACGGAAAUAUGGAAAUGCCAAUGUUUGGAAGUAUUUCACAGAUCUGUUUGAUUAUCUUCCCCUUACAGCUCUAGUAGAUGGGCAGAUAUUCUGUCUCCAUGGAGGUCUUUCUCCGUCUAUAGAUACACUGGAUCAUAUCAGAGCUCUUGAUCGUCUGCAGGAAGUUCCACAUGAGGGCCCUAUGUGUGAUCUCUUGUGGUCUGAUCCAGAUGAUCGUGGUGGUUGGGGGAUAUCUCCACGUGGUGCUGGCUACACAUUUGGCCAAGACAUUUCUGAAACAUUUAACCACGCCAAUGGACUUACGUUGGUGUCUCGUGCUCAUCAGCUUGUAAUGGAGGGCUACAACUGGUGCCAUGACCGGAAUGUGGUCACCAUUUUCAGUGCACCUAAUUACUGUUAUCGUUGUGGGAACCAGGCUGCUAUCAUGGAACUAGAUGACACUUUAAAAUAUUCCUUCCUUCAGUUUGAUCCAGCACCUCGCCGUGGAGAGCCUCACGUCACUCGGCGUACCCCAGAUUACUUCCUAUAAUCAUCUUUUCUGAAACCUGGCCUUGAUCAGAAGAAGAUACCCGGCAUUAGGGGAGGGGCAAUCGUUUCUGUGAUUCAGUUGGGGUCUGUCUCAGCAUAAAGCCUCUUCAUGGACCAAACUGUGCCAGAAUGAGGAUGACGAGCUUUGAGCACAACUUAAAAAAGACUGACUUCAACACACUAACCAAUCCUAGAUCAGCCAGUUUGCCUGCUGUAUUCUGUAGAGUCAUUGUUUUUCUUCUGGAUGGUUCAGAGAGAAAAAAGGUAACUAACACCCAUCUCCCUUUCAUGCUUACAUGUAAAUUUUAGUUGUAGUGUUUAACUGGCAUGUUAUUAACGUUUUGAAAGUCUAAGGAAAAUGCACAAACUAACUUGCCUCUUAACUCUUAUUGCCCUCUAUUUUAUUGACAUAAGUAACUUAACUGGAGGAAAAAGGAUUCUUCUUCGGAGUAUGUUGUCAUAAAAGCUUUCACUCCACGUAAGGUAGAUGACUGUUCUGUGUUGAUCCUACUUUUUUUCUGUAUAUUUGUCAUGAAAGUGCUUGCAUCUUCUUUGAUGUAUUUGAACAAAUAAACCUACAAAUCAUUAAUCCAA